GUCUCAGCAACGAUCUAUUUCAUAUAUGAAUAAAAUAUAUAUAACUAUGUACGAACCACAAGCUGAGAAUCUACACUUGUGUCAAUAGACACGUAAAAGGGUUGCGCUUUGUCUUAUCGAACAUUGGAGCAACAGUGAUUAAAUUUUGAAAGUAUAACCAUGGCAAGUUAUUUGUCAUAUGCUCUGUUACUGGUAGUGGGCGUUGUGAGUUGUAUUGCUCUGUCAACAGAGGAUAACGAUUCGUGUUAUUCGUUCGCCGGUGGUUCAGUUUAUCCGGCAGAAAGUCCCAAAGGUGACCACACGCUACAAACUACCAAGGCAGUCAUUUCUAAACCAGCUCCCCCAUUCGAGGGAACCGCAGUUGUCAACAAAGAAUUUGUGAAGCUAUCACUGUCGCAAUAUGCUGGAAAAUAUGUUGUACUGCUUUUCUACCCACUGGAUUUCACUUUUGUCUGUCCCACCGAAAUUAUAGCUUUCUCUGAUCGCAUCGAAGAAUUCCGUAAAGUGAACACAGAAGUGGUUGCCUGUAGUGUAGAUUCACAUUUUACCCAUUUGGCUUGGAUCAAUACACCACGCAAAGAAGGCGGUUUGGGUAAUGUUAAAAUCCCACUGCUCUCCGAUUUAACACAUAAAAUAAGCCGAGACUACGGUGUCUACUUGGAUGACUUGGGUCACACAUUGCGUGGACUUUUCAUAAUUGACCAUCGCGGUAUUUUGCGUCAGAUUACAAUGAAUGAUUUGCCUGUAGGACGUUCUGUGGAUGAAACUCUAAGACUGGUACAGGCUUUCCAAUACACCGAUACACAUGGUGAAGUUUGCCCAGCGGGUUGGAAACCAGGUGCAGAUACUAUUGUACCAAAUCCCAAAGAGAAGACCAAGUAUUUUGAGAAAAACAACUAAAAUAGUUGUAUGCAACAAACAAUAGUGUAACUGUGACAAAUCAAUAUUUUCUACACUUUUUUAAUGAAAUUCCAAAUAAUAAAUUUUAAACAAUUUAUAUA